AUGCUCAACGCUCGCAGCGGUUGGAUCGAUUGGUACAACUCCAUCGAAGACCUUGCUAAGCGGAACGAGGUUUGGAAGUACUGCGAUCCGCUAGGCAUCGAGAAUCUUGUCUUCACAUUAACAAAGCCAUUAGACUCAGCAAGCAAGGACACUAUCCAGAAGUUCCAAAGCUUGCAAAGCAUCUUCGACUCUGGGAAGAAGAAAUACGACAAAGUAUCUGAUCGCAUCGACUACACUGUCUGUCAAGAGUUCAAGCAACACUACCUUGGCAAACAUGACGUGAGGAGCAAGCUUGUCGCACUCUCAGAAAGCAUUCAGCCGAACGCGAAAGACCAAAGGCAAGACAUCCGAACCGAGUUUGAGAAGCUCAGGAAAGGACCUGGAUUACCAUAA